AUGAGUGUCGGAGCUGCUGCCUACUACCAGGCUUUCAGCUCGACAGGAAGAGCUCUGCCUCACCUGACGCGGAGACGCAUAGUGGCUCUGACCAUCACUGGCGUGAGCGGAGCAGCGUUAAUCAAUGCUGAAGUGCACAAGUGGCUUCGGGAUGAGUUCCGAGAAGCGCUGCAUCCGAACCGUGAGUUGGAGCGCGAAGCUUUGGCCAAGGAGCACGAGCGCGAGCGGCAGCAGGAGGUGGAGAGGCUGCGAAGUGAGGCGUCAAUAUGGCGCUUGCUUCAGCUUGCAUUCAUCAUGCUGCCAGUCGCUAUCUAUUUUCCCGUUUGGAUAAUUGACCCAACGACGUUCUGGAGCUUGGUAUCCGAACGCAUCGACCGUGCUGGGCCUUGUUUCGUUAAGUUGGCGCAGUGGGCGGCAACCCGACGAGAUCUGUUUCCGGACAGCCUUUGCGCGGCUCUGGGGCGCAUGCACGAGUCUGUGGCUGCGCCAUGGUCGACAGCCAUCGAGCCGUCCGAGGUUUGCAGCUCUCUGCGCGACGCGGAGUUGGACAUUCAGUCCCUGGAUUCCAGGCCCUACGCCUCCGGAAGCAUGGCGGAGGUGUAUUUCGGCAAGCUCAAAGACGGCACAGAGGUGGCCGUGAAAUGCCUCAGGCCUGGUGUCAAGCGGCUGCUAGAAGCUGACUUGGCCUUACUGCUCUGCUUUGGCAACUGGGCAGACUCAUUAGAACCUUUGCGCAUGCUCGGCUUGAAGAAGGCCGCGGAGGAGUUCUGCGAGCACGUCCAGAUGCAGACGGACUUCCGUACAGAAGCUUCCCACCUGCAGCGAUUCCGCGAAAACUUCGAAGAGCUGGGGUCCAUUCGCUUUCCUUCGCCGCUGUAUGCCUCGCAAGAUCUCUUGGUGCUCUCUCGGGAAAUGGGGCGAGAGCUCUCCCGCGUUUUCCGAGAUGCAAUGGCAUCUGAUGGCCACCAUGAGAAGCAAGACGGCGACCGCUUCGAGAGCCAUGCAGAUGCAAUCAGAAGCAUUCUGGGCAUUCAGCCGGAUGUGAGCCAGAGGAUUGCGUCUGACAGUCUCGCAGCGUACAUGCGGAUGAUCUUCAAAGACCAUUUCAUUCAUGGGGAUCUCCAUCCAGGCAAUGUCAUGCUCAAGCUGUCUGGUGGCUCGAGCUGCAGCACAGAGCAUGGACAGGCUCUUUCUCUGCAACCUGCUGACCUCUGA